UUUUCUUUAUAUUUUAUAAUAUUAUUUUUGUUUGCAUUUCUAGGCUAUGUACAGUAGUAUUAUUUUAGCUGGUGGAAACACACUAAUAAAUGGUUUUUCAGACAGACUUUUAAGAGAAUUGCAGACUCGCACACAGAAUAACACAAAAUUAAAGAUUAUUGGAAGCAAUAGCAGCUCAGAACGACGGUUUAGUUCUUGGAUUGGAGGAUCAAUUCUCGCCUCACUUGGAACAUUCCAACAGAUGUGGAUCUCGAAGCAAGAGUACGAAGAAACAGGAAAGACGUGUGUGGAUAGGAAGUGUCCUUGAGGAAAAUGUAAACAAUUCCAAAAACCCCAUUUCAUUUGUAUCCUUAACUAUUUAUAGAUUGUAUAAGAAUAGCCUCAUGCAUCCUAAUCA